AACGGAAGCUGUUUUGUGAGUCACAGGAAGUUAGUUCAGAUAAAAACAUUGCAGCACUACGAACCUUUUUUCACUAUUAUUUAAAGACUCUUCAUUUGCUUUUGUCGUUUAAUUUUAUUUUUGCCAAACUUUUAACAGAAGCAAGAUGGUCUGCGACAAAUGCGAAAAGAAACUGGGCAGAGUCAUCACUCCGGACACGUGGAAAGAUGGAGCCAGAAACACAACAGAAAGCGGAGGCCGCAAGCUAAAUGAAAACAAGAUGCUGACAUCAAAGAAAGCAAGGUUUGACCCGUAUGGAAAAGCCAGAUUUGCGACGUGUAGAAUCUGUAAAAGUUCAGUGCACCAAGCUGGUUCCCACUACUGCCAAGGCUGCGCUUACAAAAAAGGCAUAUGUGCCAUGUGUGGCAAAAAAGUUUUGGAAACCAAAAACUACAAGCAGACAUCAGUGUAACCAGUCCCCCAGAACAGAGAGGGAUGCGAUAUGGGUUUCUGAACUUCAGUCCUGCUUUUCUAGAGGAGGAAGACAAGCUCAAUUAUAGACCCUUUGUUUAUGUGCUUUUGGAUUACUUCUGUACAUGCAUCAUGCCACACGAACGCGUAUAUCACAGCUACAUCCCCAGCUGUAUUUAGUGUAAUUGAAAUCUCUCAUGCAGUUAUUUCUGUUUCCAGUAUUCAUUUUUAUUUAAUUUUACUUUAAUAUAACCAUGGGUGAAAGUCUGUAUUUGGAAUUCCGUCAAAGUGGAAUUCUGUUUAACUGUAACUUGAUAGGUACCUAACCCAUAGUGCACAGGCGGGGCAAACUAUAUAUUUUGCCUCUGCACUGUUUACAACAGGUGACGUUAGCAGCGGUGUGACUGAAACAGUAGCUGCUGGGCAGUUUGUGGAGACUACAAAAAAGGACCAGCCCGCCCUCCAAGUCCACAUGGAGAAAGAUGGACAUGAGGGGGGGGGGGGAGGUGGCUGUUUGCGGCCAGGUGUGCUGUGCAGGUCUUUGAAAUUUGUCAAAAUGGUCCUUGAAAAGUCCUUGAAAUUUGUAUAAGAAAUACUGUAUGAACCCUGUAUUUACAACAUCGUAUUGAGUUAAGCAGAGAUUGUAUAUUAUUUUUGCAGCUGAGGUUUUAUAAUGAAUAUUCUGUAAAAUGGGCCUAUAUGUAAAAGGUUUGAUGAGUAACAUUUUAAUGUUUGUUAACUAACCUCAUGUGUGAUUUAUCAGGUUGAUUCAUCUGGUAAAAUGACAAGUAAUCUCUGAAUUUCUUUUUCUACGAAGUCAAGAUCAAAUUUGCGUCUGAAAGUAGUCCAAAAUGGCACAGAAUGCAACUGAGAGCAUGUACAACCCCAGAGCGUUGGGGGGCAGGCGGGCCCCCUCAAAUUUACAUGCUACCGAUUUUCUAAUAUGUCUUCUGGUUGAUUACAACAUAUACUGUAUGUGUGUGUGUGUGUAUAUAUAUAUAUAUAUAUAUAAUAUAUAUAUAUAUAUAUAUAUAAAUUAAUCAUUUAAACCUUUCAUGUACAUUGAAAAACAACUUUCUUUUUUUUUUCUAUUUUUGUACACUGCAGUUACACCUCCUUUCAAAUAUAUAAUCAUUUAAAGAGACGCACAUGUUGUGUUUACCAGGGGUUCCUUGUUAGAUGGCAGAAGGAAGUUCAUACAUCUAAAAUACACCAAAAUAGUUAGUAACGUUUAUAUGAGAUAGGAUAGAUGCUGUAGUACUCGUUGCCCCUGCAAAUUCCAAUCCACACUCCUAAGGUCCUUGCAUAUACAUUACAAUGAGUUGAGUUUCAACUGAUUUAUUUUCAAAAUAUGGUUUAAGUGUUACCAAGUACCAUAGUGAUGUAGUGUCUGUCAUCAGAUUUUAAGGAUACGUUUUGAACUUGUUCAGUAGUGUACAGAUGUAUUAGAACACCUUAAGAUCUGUGAUUUAUAUCCAUUAUAUACCGACCUGCAUGAAAACCUCAGGGUGUGAGAAUUUCAAUUUCCGGUCAGUACUCAAGGAUAUAGAAACCAUAGGCACUCAUGUGAAAAUGUUAGACCACUUUGUGCUUUAAUUAGGCAUCUUAAACAACUUCUAAAAAGUCUCAUGCAUUUUACCAUUUGUGGCUCUGUCUUCUGUUUCUUGUACUAUUUUAAAUGAAUUGCACAACACAUCAAAACAGAAGAAGCAGUGCAGUGUUCUGAUAAAUUUGCACACCAGUGUGUUCCCAAAUAUGUAAGUUCUGAACAACAAUUUAACAUAAAAAAGCUUCUGAUAUGUGUUUUAAGGCCACUAGGUGGCAUGUUGUACCCCUGUGAACAUUCACAUUACUUGCAUUACUACACUUUUUAAUGUUAGAAAAAAAUGUGUGUAGACAAGGUCAACAUAACUUGGUGAAUCAUGCCAUCAUUGACUUUUAAAUACCAUGUUUGCCCCAAAGCAAAACUUAAACCUGAAUAUUAAAGACUUUUUUUGAUAAACCAUGAACUUGAUCAUUACUGUUAGAUCUGUUAUCAAUUA